UAUUUAAUUGAUUAAAAAAUAUUAUUGCAUUUUGUAAACUUUUUUCAGUUCUGCACAUAAGAAGGAAUUUUGAACAUUCAUUUUGCACAAAACAACGGAUUUUGAACAUCCAAAGCUAAAUCAAAAUGGGUGACGUUGAGAUAGUCCGACUGAACGAAAUGUUUCGAGAGCACGUGAGGUUAGAAAAUGAAAUAUACGAAAAGUUUCAAGCUUUGACUCGGAGAAACAGUAUUGAGGAAAUGAGGAAUUCAAUGAACAUUAUUGUUAGGGAAAACUCUAAUCGAGAGCAGACGUUGGAGAGAAGCAUAGAAAAUUUGAAAGUUGAAGUCCAAAAAGCUGAGAGAGACAACCAAAGGCUCCUUAUCGAAAACGCUACGAUACAGGAAAGAUUAGCGGAGGAACAGGAACGGAGGCGAAGGUCCGAACAAGAUUUUAGAAACACCAUUGCCGGUCUUGAGUCCAACGUACAGACGCUUGAGAGAAGAAUAAUGACUCUUGAAACACAACUACAAGAAGCGGACAGUAAUCAGAGACAGAGAGCUGAGUCAGAUGCUGAAAGAAUUCAGACCUUAAGGGAAGAGAUAGCAACGUCAAGGCGAGAACUUGAGCAGGAAAAAAUUAAUAGAAGAAUUGAUUGUCAAAAGAUUCAAAAUGAGUUGACAGUAAGAGAGAGAAGUCUAAGGGAAGCUGAACAGGAGAAUGUGAGGCUUAGGGAACGACAGGAAAGAACAGAACAGGAGUUAGAACGUAGGCAAGAGACAAUUAUCGAGCUGAAGGAAGACAGUAAUAAUGCAAGAACCGAGAGAACCAGGCUAGAAAUUCAGAUGGCAGAUACAGAACGACAAUAUUCUGAAAAAAUCACAGCAAUGGAAAAAGAGUCAUUAUGCCAGGAUCAGGAGCUUCGUGAUCUUCGGGAAAAGUUUGACGCAGUAAUGCUUGUUAUCCAGGACUACAUAAGAAAGAAUGUUCGUACAAGUACAGAGCUUGGAAGGCUUCGAGAAAAACUGGAUCAUGUUGAUCGUGAGCAGAAGGAUAACAGUGAUAUGCUUGAACGAGAUCUUCAGCGAGCCAAACUUAAAAAAUCUGUCAACUAUCAACGGAAAGAUCUCCACCAUUUUCAAAUGAUACAUUUAAAAGAAUAGACAUGUCAAAUUAUAAUGUUUCAAGCAAAUUUAGUUUGCAACUGAACUUUUUAUCCGUGUGUUUUAAUAAGGAAAAUUAGUACAGGUUUUGGCAUAUUACGGUUUGUAUUUAUUUGUUUGUUUUGCCUUUGGUUCGAUUUUGUUAGUCAACGUGUCAAUAUACCUUUCAACCAAUUGAUUCAUACUGUUUACUUUUAAAGGAUGGCAAAUAAGGAAUACUUUUUGUCCGUAUUUGUUGUCCAACGAAAAUGCACAAACCUGAAAUUUUUCAAUGUAUAUUUUUCAUUAAUUAUUCUUAUCAGCGUUUAUUUAACAAUUCAUUUAAACGUCGUGUAGUAAGUUAGUUAGAUGCCCCUACGAACAAUAAAACGUCUUAAUGAAUUCGCUACACUCACUCCUACUUAAAUUAUUCUGAACUAAUAAUUUUUCCUUUUAUAAGAUUCUGUUACUUAAAAAGGUGAAAAACGGUUAGGUAGAAGCUUCGUUUGAAUUAAAUCUCAAUGCUAACUUAAUGGAUAUUUGAUAUUUAACAGCUUGUCAAACAUAGCAAUGCAGAAAACAGAUUUCUAGCAUCUCUUGGCAUUGUUUUGAUCAGAAAAAAAAUGUAUGUAAAUAUUUCAAAAAAUACAAUAAUUUUUAAAAAUUUUAUUUAAAAUAAAGCAAAGAAGAAAUGUUACGUUUUAAACUUUACACACCAUAGGAGGGCAUACAUUGAAAAAUAAAGGGUCGUCAAAAUAUGGCAUUUUGUUAAGAUAGUUCCAAUGUAACCUUAAUAAGAACUGCAGCUUUUCUCACAUUGUUUAAACAUUUACAUAAACAUGCGAUUCUUUGAUACAAUUUAGAUAUACUCAAUUUAGUACAUUUUAAUUAAUUUCUGCGAUGAAAGUACCCAACUAAAAGAUGAGCAUAUUUUCAACUUAUGUAAUUCUAUAUAAAAAGAACAGUAUUUGAAUAAGCCAUUUAUCAUUGCACUAUAUAGUACAUAUAUACGUUUUGACCGAGUCACAGCAGGUAUCUUAUAUAACACCUCAGUUGACAUUAAAAAAAGCCACGAAAUUUUACUAAAUGAUAAUUUCUGAUAAGAUACGUCAAGUAGUUUCGUUUUUGCACUUGAUAAUCUUUUGAGAUAUCAUUUAGAAAACAUAUCUUGUUAAGUAAUACGGCUUUGACCUUUGACAAUAUACAGAUAAGGUCACAUGUAUUACAUCACCCAAAGUGCAUAUUAGAACAUGCCAGUCACAUAUUAUAAUAUAAAAGGGGCGACGGAAUGGAAAUAAUUGGUCAAGAAUAAAAUAGAUUACUAUAAAGGUGAUCAAAUGACUUAUAGAAGUGUAUAAUAAAAGCAAAAAUGAAAGUGAAAUACGUAGUAAAAGACAUAUCGGAGAAUUCGUCAAAUUAUCCCAUUAAAUCAUUUGUUUUCUUUAUUUGUUCAUGUUAGCGCGUUUUUAUAAUUUGUUGCUUUUCAAACUUAUGUUUUAUUGUUAUUGUUUUUUUUGUUUGUCACAUUCUGUAUAGAUUUGAUUGUUAUUUCUUAGUUGAUGUUUUAACUUUUUCUUGGCUGUUUAGGGCACCUGAGGCCUUCUCUCACCAGUGAAGCUGGAAAGUCACCAAAUGACCUUUACUGUAUAGGUGCGAUGUAAACCCCUAGCAAAGAAAAUGAUGUAUCAUAUGCUUGUUUUUUAUAUUUUUUACCAUCGUUAAUGAAUGUUGUUUUUAAGUUUUGGUUUGCAUGUUGUUGUUUUUUGUUUUUCGUUUUUAUUUUUUAAGUUUUAUUUUUUUAUAGAAUGGUUUCUGUUUUAAUAAAAACGUAUAAAAUAAGAGUCUUCAAUCUUUAA